CAGUACGUGUAAUUAUGCAACUUGUCUCAUACGUAAAGAAUAUUGUUUAUAAUAAUUAGCAGAGACGUGUAUAUCAGAUAUAUACACGUGUCUGUAAUUAGUCAUAUUUUGCAUACGAGUGAUAAAAAUACCAUCAUAAUAUUCCGUGCGAAAUCCGGAUAUUCGAUUUGUUUAUUAUACAGGAAAACAAACAUCCGGUGGUAAAAAGAGGACGAUCGCCCAUUCCUGGAAUCACCAGAACAAUGUACAGAGUUGUAUUUCCUUUACGGAGGACAGUACUGCGAUGUUCUGGUUGGUCAGGAUGGAAAUUUCAAACACAAACUCCUUCAACUUCUAAUGGAGCAAUAUUGGUGCCACAAGCACCUUCGUCAGUUAUCCAUAAAAAUGUACGGAACUUUCAUAUCAGCUCCACAAACCGAUAUUCCGAGGAAAAUAAAGUCUAUGUUCUAGGAUGUAGAUCUAACAAUAUCAAGGUCAGCAGCGACAUGAUCUCUUUAAAAUACGGCGAGUUUGAUAUGGACCUUUUGUUUGUGUGGCUGCGAGAUCACUGUCGUUGUAGUGAGUGCUAUAACCAUGACACAAAUCAGAGAAAUCUACAGAAUCGGAAGUUGCAUUCCGAGGACUUGCCUUCCAGUGUCGAGUUUGAUGGUUUGGUUCUCGGAAUCACAUGGUCGGAUGGACAUGUGACAUCGUACGACAUUAACUGGUUGGUGGACAAUGCCUACCACAGCCAACACACCGACCAGGUAGACAAAGUGGUCUGGGAUAAGGACACUAUCGAGAGUGCUGGACUUCCAACUGUUCAUUUCCAGGAGUACAUGGACUCAGACGAAGGACUUCGUAAACAUUUGUACAAUCUUGUCAAGUUUGGUUUUUCAAUUGUCACAGAGGCACCACCUGUCCACCACAUGGGGACUCUGGAGGUUGCCACUAGAAUAUGCUUCAAACAAGAGACUCAGUUUGGGCCUGACUGGACAUUUACAUCCAAUAAUGAAAGGGGGGACACCGCCUACAGCGACCUCUAUCUAGGGGCUCACACGGACAACACAUACUUCACCAGCCCCAGUGGAAUCCAGGUUUUCCACGUCCUGGAACAUGAUGGAGAGGGGGGUCAGACUCUCCUGGUGGACGGACAAUAUUGUGCAGAGCAACUGAGAUCCAAACAUCCAGAGGACUUUGAUCUUUUAACAAAGACUGUGGUUCCACAUGAGUAUUACGAAGAGAAGCUACGUUUACGUAGUCUUGGUACGGUCCUCUCUGUCCACCCGACCACUGGUCAGUUCUUACAGAUAAGGUACAAUCCUUACGAUCGAUCACCAAUGUACACCUUACCUCCAGAUCAACAACAAGCAUUUUACCGAGCUUACGAAAACCUCACUAAAGAAGUUCGUAACCAAGACAAUGAAUUGUGGGUCAAACUGAAGGGCGGUAUGGUUCUGUUUGUGGACAAUUGGCGUGCUAUGCAUGGGCGAGCCUCUUUCACGGGUCGCCGGUUGGUCAGCGGUUGCUACCUCCCACGCGACGACUGGACUAGCAGGGCUAGGUUAAUGGGAUUGAUGAAUCUGUGAGAGUACGAUACGAAAACCUGUGAGG